UAAAACAGUUUAUAUCAUAAGAUACUAAUAUAUGUAUAAUUUUCAGUUUGUGUUGAAGUUCUGUACACGUACAGGUAUGAAUUCAGUAUAACGGCACAGCAUAUUCCGGAAUCUUCUCCGAGAACAAUAUUUGGUUCGUCCGAUGUUAAAGGGAGGUAACUCUACCAAUGUAUCGCGGGACUUCCGAGAGUGGCAUUGAUUAUCGUGUCAUAUCGAAGAGUGCUAUGGCUGACUUUGGACCAGAUUCUGGAGGAAGAAUAAAGGGUGUAACUCUAGUCAAACCGAUAGUCUACGGAAACAUCGCCCGCUACUUUGGUAAAAAACGUGAAGAGGAUGGACACACCCACCAGUGGACUGUCUAUGUGAAACCCUACAAGAAUGAGGACAUGUCAGUUUAUGUGAAGAAGGUACACUUCAAGCUGCAUGAGAGUUACCCCAACCAGAACAGAGUGGUGAUGAAGCCUCCCUAUGAAGUGACAGAGACUGGAUGGGGGGAGUUUGAGGUUGUCAUUAAGAUCUACUUCAACGACCCCAAUGAACGGCCGGUGACUGUGUACCACCUGCUGAAGCUAUUCCAGAGUGAGACUGACAUCAUGCUGGGCAAGAAGUCCUUGGUGGCAGAGUUCUAUGAUGAGCUGGUAUUCAAUGAUCCGACGGCUAUGACACAGCAGCUUCUGAAUAAUGUUCGUCUGAUGCCAGUGGGGACGUACAAACACGAGACUGACUUUGAUGAGAAAAAGGAGAGAACUCUGACCAACAUUCUGUCAGCUAAGAACAAGAUUCGGUACGAGAUUUCCGAAUUGAACGAGAGACUGAAACAAAGCAAGGAGCUGAUUCAGCAGUUCAAGGAUGACAUUAUGAAGAGGGACGACCACGAUGAGAAGCCGGUCAUCAAGAUGGAGGUGACCACAUGACAAGAACCUGGUCACCAGGAGGAUGGCGACAUCAGCAGAAAGCCGUCACCAUUGUGAUUGUGGAGGGCAGUAUCGAGGAACUGCUGUAGGGUCGACCACCAAUGUGAACUAGAUCCUCGAGUGAUGAUAUGACAGAGAUUCUUUGGAAUGUUUGAAAGCAACAAAACAUCGGCAAGUUUUGAAGAUAUAAUUGAAGAUUUGUGAUUGUACUUUUGAAAACAUGUUCAAUCAAUGUUGACCUUUGAGUCUUACACCAAGUUCAAUCCUUCGCUUAGAUGCUGAUAUUAAAACAACUGACAGUGCUUGUGUUUUAAACCCUGAUGACGGAACAGGUUCAAUAAAGUAAUAUUGGCUUGGUUUCUUCACCAUGCAAUUAGAAAGUGAUGAUACAAUGGAACAUCAUGGUUAAUGAUCUGCCUUACUUGCUCAUUCAUUCGUGUUCAUCUGUACAGGAAUUAUGGGCAAUCUCAGAGUCCAAUAUUUGUCUUUGAGCCUCAACACAUUCAUACAAGAUGUAGUUGUUCACAGAGACCGUUAUUCAGCCUCUACAAGUGAAAUGUUACUUGCUAUAUUAUAGCAUUGCAUAUGAGAUCGGAUUCGACAUUUUGAAAGUCAUGAUAGGAUGUAUUUCCUCUCAGUUUGACAACCACAGAGGUUUAAGAUCCUGGAUAAAUCUGUGGAGUCACAAGGUCCUGGAGUAGUGGAGGAUCUCCAUGUGUUGUGUUCAUCGUGGGAAACUCCUGAUGCGUAGCCUUCAUCACCUGCUGUAUGCUGAUAUUUGCUUCUUACGGAAUUUGUACUUAUCUACAACCUCACCAAUUACGUCCUCUUCUCAUAUUCGGGGCGGUGGGGUAGCCUGAUGGUUAAAGCAUUGGCUCGUCACGCCGAUGACCCGGGUUCGAAUCCCCACAUGGGCACAUUGUGUGAAGCCCAUUUCUGGUGUCCCCCGCUGUGAUGUUGCUGGAAUUGUGCUAAAAGCGGCGUAAAAACCAAACUCAGUCAGUCAGUCUUCUUAUAUUCUGCUCUCAUUCAUCAUUCAUCAUGUACAACUGAAAUGACAUUUUAAGCAAUGUUGGCAUCACUGUAAUCAUGUUAAUAAAGGUGGAGUAUGUAAGACAUGUCCCCAAGAUACUGGCAGUGUGCUAAUCUUGAAGUGGAAACCAUGGUAUAUGUACCUGUUGUUGGAAUAGCGGAAGUGGCAGUGUUUUGUAUGCCUCAUCUUGUAUAUAAACAUCCAUCAGCU